AUGAUUUUGAACUUUCCAACUCUACGAUACAAGUUCGUUGUGCGAGAACUUCUCCUCAAUGCCAGAACUACUGUCUGCAACAUCUCACGAGCUCGAAUUCCAGAGCAGAAUCGUGGUGCACCAGAACUAGUUGCGGUCAAUGACCUCGGGCAGAGACUUUGCGAUACGAUUCCUGCGUUUUCACUCAAAAGUUCUGGCAACCGAAGCUCUCUUAUACUACAACUUGAGCACGAUGGAAAGAAUGAUACCGUCAGCCAUAGCCACCAAAACAAUGUUCUGUGGAAGAUGAUUCUGCAAUCAUGA